AUGUCAGGUGACCUGGAAGCCAAGAGCUGGGGCUCCACACAGAACAGUGUUCAGGAAUUCUGCUAUGAGUGGACCAUUUGCAACUUUUCAUUUUGCAUGGGGGGAAUUCGGAAAAAGAUUACAAGCCCAGUGUUCUCAUUAAAGGCCAAAGAAGAAAUGGCAUGGUGUUUGAGGGUAUACCCAAAUGGAAUUGAUGAAGAAAGCAGAGAUUACCUGUCAGUUUUCCUGGUGUUGCUCAGCUGUCCAACCAGGCCAGUUUGUGGGAAUUUUGAGUUCUGGGUCAGAAAUUCCCAAGGAGAGAAAGUUCAAAAUAUGAAGAGUGACAGGGUCGUAAGCUUUCUGCAAUGCCAACAGAAGGGAUUCCCGAGGUUCCUCCUUCGAGAUCUGCUCUCCGAUGAGCAUGGGCUUCUCCCUGAAGACCAGCUCACCCUCUGCUGCAAGUUGAGAUUAGAAGGAGCUGUCUUUGGUGAGCUUGGACAAGACAUGACACCUGCAAUUAAGGAUGUGAGGUCCAUGUUGACAGAUGACCUAGGGGAGCUAUGGGAGAAUUCCCUCUACACAGACUGCACCCUGUUGGUAGCUGGCCAUGAAUUCAGGGCUCACAAGGCCAUCCUAGCAGCUCGCUCUCCACCUGUGGACCACACAGAUCUUUCCCUUCUAACCUUCCUCCUCCUACUCUUUGCUCUGUCCAAGCCCCCAAGCCAGGAUGCUAACAGAAGUGUCAGUCUGUCCAUGGUAACAGGAAUCUAA